AUGGCGGCGUACGUUGGCGUGAUGGUGAAGCUGUGCGCCUCUUACCCGCCAGUCACCAUGGCCACCCGCAACUCUCUCUACCAAUGUUUCGGGUGGGACCCCGACGCUCUGCCGUUCUGGAAGCACUGCAUCUUCGUCGUUGGUCUCGCGGUUGCCUCGCUGCUCUGCGGCCUGUUCAUCCCAAAUAUCAACACGGUGUUUGGCCUCAUUGGUGCUCUCUGUGGGGGGAUUUCAGGGUUCAUUCUUCCCGCCCUCCUGAUUAUGUACGGCGGCAACUGGUCGCUGCGGUCGGCUGGAUUCAUGCACUACACCCUCACGUACCUCCUGCUCAUCGCCGGUGUCACGAUGGCGGUAUUCGGCACGUGCGCCACCAUCUACAGCGUCGUGAGCGGCGACUGA